UGUCCGUUCUGCCGCAUUCAAUGCUGUAGACUCCGGACAUGUACGUAGCGUUGAGUUUUCGAAGUCAGCCCCGGUUUCGACCACCCCUGUUUCUUUGGAAACCUUUGCACCCCGUAGCCUUUCUACCGCUCACCAUGCCGUAGAUCCACGAAUGAUGCAGAAUUCUUGAUUUUCGAACCUCAACCCCCCUUCGGCGUUUGAUCCACCAGUGCCGGGUGUUUUGCGUAGCAUGUUGUCUUCAGACCAUGUCCCUACAGCUGCUUCGGGGUGCAACCUGGCCCCGCUGCUGUUCAACUUGUUCUCUGCCGCGAUGCGCAUGGUCGCAGUGACCGAGUUCGACAAGGACCCCAAGGUGACGGCGGAUAUGAUCAAGAUCGCAACACGAGUGGAGUGCACGGGCAAGAGGGGCAGGUCGGCGGGGAAGAAGGCGAUGAUGGUGACGGUCGCAGAGGCCCUGUGGGACAUGCUCUACGCUGACGACGCGGCCAUCGUCU